AGGAAAUGACCCAAAAAAAAGUGAAUAUAACCAUAGAAUAGUUAACAAAAAUGAGUUCCAAUUCUAAGCAAAAUAAUAUUCCUACUAAUGAGGUAGAAAAAGUUGAUGAUGCUUAUCUUUCAGCAUUGUUACUAUGUUUUAGUAGAAUUUUUCCUGCAAUAUUAAAUGCUGCUAUUGAUCUCAAUUUAUUUGAUAUCAUAGCUAAGUUACAAAGUUCAAAUGAACAUUCUAGUUUUUCUGCUUCUGAAAUUGCUUCUCAGCUUCCAAAUCAACAUCAUGAAUUGGCUGAGAGGCUUGAACGUAUGUUGACUGUAUUGGCUAGUUACUCUCUUCUUACUUGUUCCAUUCGUACCAAUGAAAAUGGUAAGAGAGAAAGAGUUUAUGCUCUCUCAUCAAUUGGUCAAUACUUUGCAUUGGAUAAAGAUGGAGGUUCUUUAGGUCCACUUUCAACAUUAAUCCAUAGAGGAUGUAACAGUGUUUGGGGUGACGCAAAGGAUGCAAUAUUGGAUCCUAAUGUCAAAAAUCUUUUUCAAAGUAUCAAUGGGACAUCAUUUUAUCAAUACACCAAGACAAACAAAGAAUUGAAUGAUGUUUUUAACAAAGCAAUGGGACAAUCUGGACCAUUAGAAAUUAAAAGGAUCCUCAAAUUAUAUAAAGGUUUUGAAGGAAUCUCAACAUUGGUUGAUGUUGGAGGUGGAGUAGGAGAAACCCUAAAACUCAUUCUCUCUCAAUAUCCUUCAAUUAAGGGAGUUAAUUUUGACUUACCACAAGCUGUUCAAGAUGCACCUACUCUUCCAGGGCUUGAGCAUGUUGGAGGAGAUAUGUUUGAAAGUGUUCCAAGUGGUGAUGCCAUUUUACUAAAGCUUGUAUGCCAUAACUGGCCAGAUGAAGAAUGUGUGAAGUUUUUAAAAAAUUGUCAUAAAGCUUUACCAAAACAUGGAAAGGUGAUUGUUUUGGAUUAUAUAAUUCCAGAGGUUCCAAACCCAAGCAAAAUCUCUAAGCAUGCUUGUGCUAUUGAUAAUCUCAUGUUUUUAGUAACAACUGGAAAGGAAAGAACUGAACAAGAAUUUGAGAGUUUAUGUAAGAGAGCUGGAUUUUCCAAAUUUCAUGUGGCUUGUAGUGAUGUCUCAGCUAUGUCAGGAGUGAUGGAAUUUUAUAAAUAAUAAAAGUUACUUACUAGUAACUUUGUCGGCAGUUAAUUUCAUAGCAAAGAAUAAAGAAUAAGGACAAUUGUGUCCAAGCUUUGAAAGGUGUAACUUUCUAUAUUUCUCAUGUUUGUCGUAAUAAUUUAUAUAUCAAAGACUAUUUAUUCAUGAGUUGUAUCAUCACAUAAAAUACUUUAUAUCUUCUUUUUUAUACUA